AUGCCGCGCCAACACGGACAUUUUAGCUGCCACAAACUGCACAUUCCUGAAUUUAUUCCAAAUGACUUGCAACUUUGGUUUGCUUUGGUAGAGAAGGCAUUCGCAUCUUCCAAUAUCCACGAUGAGAAGGAGAAAUAUGGAUUAUUGGUUACCAGGUUGGAUAUUAGACAUUCAACCGAAGUGCGAGAUUUAAUAAUCAAUGAGCCUGAAGAGAAGCCUUAUUCUACAUUAAAAGCUGCGUUAAUUUCAAGGUUAGGCACUUCGGAGAAGUCAAAGUUGCAGUUGUUUAUGUCUGAUGUAGAUUUGGGUGAUAGGACGCCUUCUCAAUACCUACGUCAUUUGAGGACUUUAGUCGGGACUUCGAUGACCGAUAACGCAGUUAAAGCCAUAUGGUUAUCCAGACUUCCAGUGGAAAUUCAACCAUUUUUGGAGAUUUCUUCUGGAACACAGUCAAUUCAAGAGAUAGGUGAACUAGCUGACCGCUUAUUUAUUAACCAUUCACAGCAGCGUGUAGCUGUGAUUACAGAUGCACAAACCUCUGAGAUUGAAACAAAGAAUGCUGAUCUGCGUCAAUUGCGUCAAGAUAUCGAAGCUGUUUCAAAGCGUUUGGAUAAGAUUCAAAUGUAUCAUAAGAAGGAAGUGUCGUUUAGAAGACGACAAGAUAACUUAUGUCGGUUUCAUAGACGCUACGGAAGUCAUGCGAGGAGGUGUAUAUCGCCAUGUAAUUUUAAGUCGGGAAACGAUACGGGCGGUCACUAA